ACCAUGAAGACGUUCGCGUUUCUCCUCUGCCUGGUCUUAUUGACCUUCUGCACAGAAGCGAAUCCUGUGGUGAAGGAGAGCUUCGCAAAGCAACUUCUCCGCAGCAAGAGACAGAAACCAGGUUAUCCUGAUGAGCCAAUGAGGGAAUACAUGUUGUAUUUGCAGCAGUUGGAGCUCAGAGCUCGUGAGACAAACCUUGAAAACUGGCUGAACCCUCAUUGCGCUCCUCGCUGUAACCGUAACUAUGGUUACCCCGUUUAA